GGGACAAAGACAAGGAAGUUAACAUCUACACGGACUCUAAGUAUGCCUUUCUCAUAGCCCACUCCCAUUGUAUGAUCUGGAAGGAACGGGGUUUCCUCACUACUAAGGGCACCCCUGUUCUAAAUGGGAAACUUAUUGCCAACCUUAUUCAGGCUGUCCAACUCCCUAACAAGGUUGCCAUCAUCCACCGUAGAGGACAUCAAACCAUUGGCUCCACAGUGGCUAUGGGCAACGCCUUGGCAGAUAGGGUGGCAAAGGACACGGCAAAAAAUCACCCGCCCCCUGCCUGCCUCUAUUUCCUGUCCAGGUCAUACAAACCGUAUUACUCAGACCGGGAAAAACAAACUCUCCAGAGCACCCCAGGAGUGACGUUCAAAGAUGAAUGGGCCUUUAAGCACAACCUUCUCAUUCUCCCAAAGCAGCAACAAACUCAGAUAAUUCAGGAUAUUCACAACUCUCGUCAUAUUGGGCCUAAGGCCCUGCUCCACUUCCUCAGUCCACUUCUGCAUCCGGACGGCCUUUCUCAAACCAUCCAUGAGGUCCAUACAGAAUGUCUCACCUGUGCCAAAGUUAACCCCCAGGGGUCCUGUCACCCCCGCAAACAACUCCACCAAUUACGGGGGUUCCUCCCCGGCCAAGACUGGCAAAUCGACUUCACCCACAUGCCAAAACAUAAACAGUACCGAUAUCUGUUAACCAUUGUUGAUACCUUUUCAGGCUGGAUUGAGGCUUACCCUACAGCGUCUGAGUCUGCAGGAACGGUGGCCACUCAUCUUAUCCAAGACAUCAUUCCGCGCUUCGAAUUGCCAGCCACCAUACAAUCUGACAAUGGUCCAGCCUUUAUUUCCAAAGUUACUAACGCUGUUUCUACCUCCCUAGGAAUCCGGUGGAAAUUACACACUGCCUAUCACCCGCAGUCCUCCGGUAAGGUAGAACGGGCCAAUGGCCUAAUCAAGGAGCAGUUAACCAAGCUCAUGCUAGAACUUCGCCAGUCUUGGGUAACCUUGCUUCCCAUUGCCCUCGCUCGGCUAAGGGCAGGCCCUCGGGGCCCAUCACAGCUCAGCCCGUUUGAGCUGCUAUACGGUCGCCCCUUUCUGCUCUCAACCCCACCACCUCCUGACGCUGCUCCCUUAGAAGGAUACCUCCCUUAUUUCACCCCUCUCCGAAGCCUUCUCCGUGAGCACGCUAACGCCUCUCUUCCCCAACCUACCCAGCCAUCUGAGGGCACCCAAAAAAUCUCCCCGGGUGAUUCGGUCCUUAUAAAAUCUCUAACCCCGAAACCUCUAACCCCCAAGUGGGAAGGCCCGUACACGGUCAUCCUCACCACCCCUUCUGCCAUAAAAAUAGCUGAGGUCCCAUCCUGGAUUCACCUUUCUCGGGUUAAAAAGGCUGUCCAUGGCCCCCUCCCAGCUGGAGGGCCUCUUCUACUGGCCCUUUAUCUCUUAAACUUACCAAAACCUAACCAGGGUGGAUUUGGUUCAGGCUAUAACCCAAAUCAGGUGUUGGAGGCUGUAUACCGAGAGCCAUGCAACUGCAAAGGGGGCUUCGUGUCUUCUGUACCCGGCACCUACCAGUCUACAAUCGAUUGUGGCACCAUGACGGCAUACCUUGUUUAUGGCAAUAACCAAAAACCAGAGUACAAGUGUCUAAAAAAACCAACCCUAACCCUAAUUCCGCCGGGGUCCCCUUUACCAUCCUGCAACUGCUCUUCCACUGUGUAUCAGUCUAUACACAGCAGCUGUUACAACCAAUAUGCUACUUGUCUCAGGGGCAAUACCACGUACUUCACUGCUCAGGUCAUCCGUAGACGAGCAGGGUCGUUUGGGGGAGAUUGGGCCUCCAGCACGCCACUAGGCAUCUCCUAUAAACAUGCCAGUGCUGGUUGUCCAACGCCCUCUAGACAGGCUGUCUGUUGGCAAACCAAACCUACCAUUGGCGUCAGUGAUGGAGGGGGCCCACAUGACCAAAUGAAGUCUCAUCAUCUUAAGGAGACUCUUAAAACAUUAUUUCCCACCUUAUCUUACCAUCCUUUAUCCUUGCCCAAAUCUCGCCGCCUAGAUUUGGACAGAUCAACACAAAGUCUUCUUAAAGCGGUCCACAGCUUCCUCCUACAUGGGAACCCCUAUGCCCUUGGCUCUGCCCGCCCCUGCCAACCACAGCCACAAUGGGACCCUUCGGCUCCCUUUCCCAGUUCAACCCAUAGGGAGCGCCUGUGA